GAUAAGAUGUCACUGGCCAGUUCACUUUCCAGCAAACCAGUAACACCAAGCUCUGGAAAAGUUUCCAUGGCAGAGGUGGAAGUGCACCAGAGCAAACUGGAUUUUUUCUGCAAGCUGGGCUAUGGUAAGCAGGACAUCUGCAAAGUGCUGGACAGCCUGGGCCAAGAGGCCCUGGAGGAUGAUGUGCUGAAAGAGCUGAUUCGGAUGGGGAGCAAACCUCAAGCUCUGGAGAGCCAGGCUGAGCCUUCCCAGCUAAAACUUGUUGCCCGUGGAUCCUGUAGCAGCACAUCAGGGGCAAAGUGGCUUGGAGAAGAUGACAGCGAUUCUUCCAAUCACUUCAGAGCCAUCGUGAUCGAUGGCAGCAAUGUUGCAAUGAGCCAUGGAAACAGAGAGGUGUUCUCCUGCUGGGGGAUCCAGCUGGCGGUGGAUUGGUUCCGAGAGAGGGGGCACACCUACAUCAAAGUUAUUGUCCCACUCUGGAGAAAGGAGCCCCCUCGACAAGACAAUCCCAUUGCAGAUCAGCACAUUCUUGAGGAGCUUGAAAAGCAAUCGAUCCUUGUGUACACCCCAUCCCGGAAGGUGAAAGGCAAGAGAGUAGUGUGCUACGAUGACCGCUACAUAGUGAAGGUUGCUUAUGAAAAAGAUGGAGUCAUUGUUUCCAAUGACCACUACCGGGAUCUCCAGAAUGAAAACCCUGAGUGGAAGUGGUUUAUUGAGCAGCGACUGCUCAUGUACUCCUUUGUCAGCAACAGGUUUAUGCCUCCUGAUGAUCCAUUAGGCCGGCAUGGACCCACUCUUAGUAACUUCCUCAGCAAAAAGCCAGUGUUUCCUGAACCAAAAUGGCAGCCUUGUCCCUAUGGUAAAAAAUGCACCUAUGGCAAUAAAUGCAAAUUUUACCACCCAGAGAGACUACAUCAAGCUCAGCUCUCAGUUGCUGAUGAGCUCAGGGCCAAAAUAAAGGUCCCAUUAAGCAUGGGGAAAGAGGAGGAGCAGUGCAACCACUUGCCAUACAGGAGCAGAGGAGAGCCUGCACUGCCAGAUGCCUGCACAGAAACACUGCAAGAAGCCAGGGGCUUUGCAGGGGCUUCCUGCUACCCAGGGUGGUCCAGGAUGAGCUAUCCUGAGCAGGUGGCUGGCACCUGGGCCAAUGGCUCCAACGCUGACCUGGGGCUGGCCCCGUGGCUGCUGCAGGCAGAGUUGCUGCUAGAGCACCCACUCCUGGAGGAGAUGUCAGCGCUGCGCAUCGGUGAUGAUGCCUGCAGCCACGCUCGGUCCAUCCACAUCCCUCAGAAGAGAGAAGUGACAGACAGCCCUCCCCACUGUGGUGACCUCAGGCCCAACCCAUACUUGCUUCAUUGCCCCCAUAGGUUGGACCACACCUGCUUACUGGGAUGUCCUUUCCAGCAGAUGGUGCUCCCACCUGGAUGGGGUGGGAUGUGCCCCCACUGCCGUUGGCCCCGGGAGUGCUGCAGCACACAGAGGAUGGGGCAGAGGAGCUGCUAUGGCCCCUCUCGUGGUGCUCAGCACAAACUGGCCCUGGAGACUCAGCAUCAUGCCUUGUCACAGUCCAGGGCUCUUCCCCCUGCCCCAUUUCACUUGUACAGCCAGCAGCACGGUGUCCCCAGCCAGCCCCCUGGGCAGCCCUUCCUAUUAGACUCCAGCAAAGGUCUGGGCUUCUUUCAGAAAGUCCAUCCUUACCCUAUUGCCCCUAACAGUGACUACUGGCCCAUCCCAGCUGCAAGGCCACCCUCUGCCCAGCAAGCAAACCUACACAGGGAGCUGUGCUCCCUUUUUCCUUAUGGGGAGGUGAAUCACAUCAUGGCUUUGUACCCCAAUAUCAAGGAUGUUGCUAGCUUGACUUUACUGAUUCUAAGACAAAGAAAUUUGUGAGGCCUCCAGAUCAAACCUUUCCCAACAAGCACAAGUCCCAGGAUAAAAAAAAAAAAAUGC